CUGGCGUCGCUCUACCCGAGCGUCCUCAGCAACGUGCGGGGGUCGGCACCGCGACUCGCGGUCACGCGCCUUCGCGGCGUGGGGCUCCAAUCGGGCGGCUGCGGCGACCGGUCUCUGCGCUUCCGACCCGCGCUCGUCUUCCAGCCCAAGCACGCACGCGAGACGCUCGAGCUCAUCGACCACGUCUGCAACGGGCUCAAGUGA